UCUGCUUGAGUUGCUAAUCAGGCUCAUUCCAGCAAAGAAAAUGAAGAUGGGUACCAGCUUUGCCGCACCCGGACUCAUCCUUCUUCUAACUGCAUGUAUGGUGGCAGUUAGUGAGGCUGACACCAUAGUAGUUGGAGGGUCUGACCACUGGCACUACGGCUUCAACUACACCUAUUGGUCUAUCCAACAUGGCCCCUUCCACAUAAAUGAUAAGCUAGUGUUCAAGUAUAAUCCACCAAGCAAGAACAACCCACGGCAUAGCGUAUACUUGCUACCAAACCUUUGGAGCUUUGUAACUUGCGACUUCAGUCAAGCGAAGCUGUUGGCUAAUCCGCAGCAAGGUGGUGGGAAGGGGUUUGUGUUUGAGCUCACAAACUGGAGGCCUCACUAUUUUGCCUCCGGAGAGGAACAUGGUUCUCAGUGCGUGAAUGGUCACAUGAAGUUCUUUGCUGUGCCUUUGCCUCACUUGGGAAAAUGACGCUAACAAAAAAGGGCUAGGAAGGUUUUAUUUCCCUUAUAUCUACUGUUUAUCACUUUAUCUCAGUAGAAAAUAAUCAUUUGGGAUGGACCCAAUUGAUAUUUAAAUAAACAAGAGAUUAUUCUCUCCUUCUUCGUUCUAGGAAUAUGUAAACGGAUUGCGCGUACGCACGUUGUUGACUUGUCGUAUGAAAUUGGGCUGUUUGUAUUGUCAACUACUGCCUACAUCUAUCACGUUUUCAACCUUUUAGUAUCAUCAAUAAUUGGUCUAGGCGCGGGUGUACUAAGAAAGCGAAACCGGGACAAAAAGAACA